CAAAUAAACUCAGCAAAAAUUUGCUCUCACCCAGUCACCCUCACUCAUGCGACAUACACCAUCAUCCUCACUCCACCCACACACGAAAGAGGGAAGAAAUCUGAAAGGGAGAACGGGAAGAAGAAGAAAAGUGAGGGAAGGAAGGAAAGGACGACGCCGGCUAAGGCUCCGCCACCGUCGUUGUCGAGCGCCAGUGAGAGAGAGAGCUCGAGGAAAAGAGAAAACGCGAUGGAGGAGAGAAGAAGGGGGUACUCCGUCGCCACUGAAGCUCCAUCGACGUUGCUAGGGCUUGUUGCCAUCGCCGUUCUGCCACCGUCGGGCUGCUGUGCUGCCGCCGAGGAGCUCGAAGGGAUGUCUCGUCACCGUCGUGCUUUGUUGCCAAGCUAUUGCGUUGCCGCUCAUCUCUUCUUCACCGUCGCCGCUCAUCACCAGCGUCGUAUCCUCUGUCACCAGUUCGAAAGUGGGUAUGGUUUUGAUAGUGAUGAUGAACUGCAACGGCUAAUUAAGAUAGAGAAGGUAUGUAUCAAUUUUCAAUUGGUUCUGUGAAUUUUUGGGGGUUUUGGGUUCGAAUUUUAGGUUUUCAAUUAGUUUAGCAUCUUAAGGAAAAAUUAGUGAAAAGAACAGGUUUCACACUGAAAUAUUUUGAUUUAUGUCUUGGUUCAUACGCAUUCCUUGAACAUAGUGGUUGCUUUCAAUUUCUAGCUUCAAGUUAUAUUCCUCUCUGAUGCUUUUCAAAUGCUUUUUUUGGUUAUUUUUCAUAGAUGCUUUGAAUUUUAGUGAUAAUAGCCAAUUAAAAUGUGUCAAAAA